AAAAAACAAAAACUGCUGGACCGCAUAUAUAUAAGUUGUUUGUAUUUUGGUGCAUACAAUUAGUAGUUAUCAUCGUAACCAUAUACCAAGGAUGACUUAUACCAUGGUAGUUAUCGCACAUUAGUAUGAAAUAAUAAUAAUUAAAAUAUUAAAGUUGUUAAGGGCAGAGAGAUAUAAGGUAGAAAUUUGUGUACGCUAAAAUGGGCAUUACGGGCCUUAUCAAAUUUCUGGGAAAAUCUUCAUCAGAUGUACACUUGAAGGAUAUACGAGGUAGCACCGUGGUGGUGGAUACGUAUUGCUGGUUGCACAAAGGUGCUUUCGGCUGUGCUGAGAAGUUGGCAAUGGGUGAAGAUACCGACCAAUAUAUGCAAUAUUGCAUGAAAUAUGUGGAGCUGCUGUUAAGAUAUGAUAUCAAACCGAUUUUGGUAUUCGAUGGCCGACACUUGCCUGCGAAAGAACUGACUGAACGACGGCGACGGGAAAGCCGAAAGCAAUCACGCGAAUUGGCUUCAGCAUUGCUGCGUGCUGGAGACAAGGAAGGAGCUCGUUCACAUAUGCGCCGAUGUGUUGAUAUAACACAUGAAAUGGCUUUGCGUGUAAUACGUGAAUGUCGGCAGCGAAAUGUCGAUUGUAUAGUCGCACCGUAUGAAGCGGAUGCACAAAUGGCCUGGUUAAAUAAGGUCGGUGUGGCACAAUAUGUUAUAACCGAAGAUUCCGAUUUGACAUUAUUUGGCGCAAGUAAAAUAAUAUUCAAGCUGGACUUGAAUGGUACUGGAUCACUAGUAGAAGCAGAUAAAUUUUAUUUGGCAAUGGGUUGCAAAAGGGAGAACUACAAUUUUGAGAAGUUUAGGCGCAUGUGUAUACUGUCAGGUUGUGAUUAUUUAGAUUCGCUUCCGGGUAUUGGAUUGAUGAAGGCAUGCAAAUUUAUUCUUAUGACUGAACAAGAAGACAUGUGGAAAGCACUGCGAAAACUACCCGCUUAUUUGAAAAUGAAAAAUUUACAGGUGGAUGACGAAUACAUUGAACAAUUCCAUAAAGCAGAGGCAACAUUUAAGCAUAUGUAUAUCUAUAAUCCAUUUGAACGGCGUAUGGCACGCUUGAAUGAACUCACUGAACCCAGUACAGAAGAGCGCUACUGCUCCAACGCAGGUGUAAUUAUUGAAGAUCAAGAACGCGCUUUGCAGCUUGCGUUGGGAAACUUAAACCCAUUCACAUUUGAACAAUUAGACAACUGGCAUCCGGAUAGAAAUUACCGAUAUGCACAGGCAACAAAUAAUAAAAUCAAACGCGCCAAACAUAAAAGCAUUUGGCAAGAAAGUUAUCAACCAACUUCCAGUGGUCAUAUAUCGAAGGAUGUGUUGAAGGACGACAAAUGUGCUUUGGCUUUUAGAAAAGUAGAUUUUUCAACUAAAUUUAUUAAUGAAGAAAUUACGGAAAAUGCGCGUGUGGAGCGCGCCAAACCUGAAGAAGCGGAAAUUUUUUCUAUGUAUCAAUAUAAGGCUACCGCGCUAAUAGAGCCAAGUGCCAAGCGGCGACGAUAUAGUAGCGAAAGCAAUAACGAUGAUGCAGAUGAAUAUAAAAAAUCAGAAGCAAGACAAAAUGUGGUUUUAGCACACAAUAACCAUAACCCUUUUGCCAAAGUGCAAUGUACGGAAGUAGUGAAAAGUGCUAAAACCGUUUGUGAAAACUCAUCUCUGUUGAAAAUACUUAGUCCUAAGAAAGCGCAUUGUGAAACUAAUAUAAGAAAGAGCAUUCACUCAAAGAGCCCUAAGAGUCCGUUAGAUAGAUUACAAGAAACGGCUAUAGUUAAGAGUCGAUUUUUUUCGAACAAUGUCCACGAAGUCAACAGCACCAAGAAAAGUGUAAGCAGGGAUUUAUCAGCUGAAAUAAAUUCAAUAGAAAAGCAAUCGUGCCAAAAAGAGGGAAAACUAGCAUUGCUUUAUGACUCACCAUCGCCUAAGCAAAAUUUACUUGGAAAAGGCGAUGAUGAAAUGUUAGAAGACGACGCAGCUAGUACGUGUACUUUGAAAUUGAAUACUAGUUUUAUUGCAGAUGAUAAUCUAGAUAAUGAAAGUAGAAAUAGUAUAGAUAAUGUUAUAACGAUAUCCGGUGAAGAAGAUAAUGAUAACAGUAUUUACGAAAAUAUUAGUCAAACAAUAACACCAACAUCACAAAAGUCAAAAAGCUCGAAAAUGUUUUUCAAAUCGCAAGAGAAACAACGCUUGGGUUUAACGCGUACGAAAUCUAAAUCGGCAUUGAAAUCACAAAAGACAAAUGGAAAAUCUAAAUCGAAUUCUACGCUUACCACAACAACCGCUAUGCUGCAUAGUCAAACGCGUUUAACUAUGUUUGGCUUCCAAAAACGACCCACUUUGAAGUAGUGUUGUAAGCAUUAAUGUUUUGUAUAUGUAUAGUUUUAGUGUGUACGUUUAUAUAUACUUGUAUAUGGUAAUGCUGUUACAUAGUAUUUUCUACUAUUUAUUAUGUGUAUUAUAUGUUAUAUACACCGCUUAAGUAUUUAAGUAAAGUUACUCCAAUUUAGUUCACGUUUAAAUAUAGUCUAGAAAAUUAUGUGUGUGGUUGAUUAUCAAUCAUAAUUUUGUUAAAUCGCUAGGUAAAUAAAAGUCUAAAAAGUUAACACUAAUAAAAAUUAAAAUUUUUUACAAUAACAACAUUUUUGAGUGUUCACUUUGGAUACAAAAUAGUUAUUAUAUUAGUAUCAGAUACUGCAGAAGUAUAAAAAAUACAGAAAUGAGAGCUACUACUCUUAAAAUGUUAUAUUAGCUUAGUUUUCAAAAAGUAAGGGAAACUCAAAAAUAAUAGUCACAAAAUUUUCUUCAAUUAGUAUGUGUGACAUUUGUGUUGCUUGUGUGCAUUGACACACAAAUAACU